GAAAGCCGUUUAAAAUUUUACGGGCAUUUAAAAUUAUCGGCAUGCCUAUCGGACAUGGAUAUGUGUAAAAGAAAUUACUUUUGCCUAUGGAUAUUUAGCAUUUUGAUUUCUGUCGAUAUUUCUGGGGGGUACACAAUUACCGAGGGUGACAGCAGUAGUAGAUCCUGUUCUGCUGUCCAGUUCUUGACGUUCAGUAACGCUAGGUACUUCGAGGGAAGUUGUAUUUGGGAUGCAACAAGUGCUCUCAACACAAAUUGUAACUACGUCAGUAGCUGUACCAUCCAGGCAACAAACAGCUGGCUCGGUCACGAUCCGUGUGUAGGGGCCCACAAAGACCUGGUUUGGCAGGAAUCGUGUACAGAUAUCUGGACUUCCUGGAGUUCCUGGACCUGCCCCACGACCUGUACCAGCCAGACGCUGACCAGAACCAGGACCUGUAAUCGACCCGCGGGAUGUUCUGGUUCCUCCAGCGAGUCCAGUGACUGCUUGUCUGUAGGAUGUCCCCGACACGGGGAAUGGGGAACAUGGGAUACGUGGAAUUCAUGUUCAGUCACUUGUGGCGGGGGUACGAAGACACGGUCAAGAGAAUGUGACAAUCCCUCCCCCCAUAAUGGAGGCAACACCUGCGGGUACCCUGGCCCGUAUACAGACACAGAAACUGUCAACUGUAACACUCUGGACUGCUUCAUUUGUGGUAGCAGGGAUUACGUUCACUCUAUUUCUACUACGUCAUCGACGAACACAGCUCAAAGACAGAUUGUUUUGAUUGAAGACGCAUCACUAAGAUUGACUUGUUGCGGUGUUAUAAAGACGUGGACUUUCCACGCUGGCAGAGCAGGAGAAAUCAACUUCCAGGUUUGGCGAAAGGAUGGAACCACUUACACACUGCUUGGCAAAAACAGUUAUACUGUACCAGCCGGAGCUACUGGAAUAACUCACACUUACCAAGUUCCCGAGUUUGACAGAAUCACAACACAAAGUGGGGAUCUAAUUGGGUGGUUCUGUCCGGUAGACCCGGUGGUAUCCUUCUCCUCCGGGAAUUUAGAUUAUCCUGAUAACAUUAGAGUCGGGACGUUAGCCGCUGGUGUGACUAUGUAUGAGGGGAGCACGUUCUCCUGGACCUCUGUGGGGUAUACUAACGAUAUUUCAUACGCCAUCAAAGUGUCAACAGCGGACAGUGGCUCUCCUUACUUUGUGAACAUGGGGCUGACGAGUACGGUAUAUGACAAUACUAUGAUAGGGAGCCGGGUGUAUGCCGUCAGUGUCUGGGACGCCGAUAAACGGGAAACUAUCACCAUUUCCCCAACAACUGCAGUCACCCACCUCAACUAUAACAACGGAUACAUUGUCACCGAGUCUGACUUGUCGCUGGGGACUUACUCGCUAUCCCUCAGGGCUACGGACUCAUGUCAAAACUCAAUUGAGGCGACUGGAACUAUCGAAGUAGUCAACACGCCUCCGGUUAUCACUAAUUUGCCAGACAGCUAUCUGUUACAUGAAGAUGCAAAGGACCGUGUGCGCCUAUUUACUAUAAGAGCAUUUGACCGUCAGUCUGACUUCAUCAUUUGUGUUAAGUCAUCCACAUCACCAUCAAACGCACCAUUCGAAGUUCAAGUGAUCCAAGGGACUUCAGAUUAUGGAAUAUUUUCCUUGCCAAAUCCUAACUUCAGUUUUGAUACUGUCAAACAAUACAAAAUAUCGGUUUCCUGUUCCGAUGCAACUGGAGGGUCUGACUCCGGGGACUUCUUUGUGAACAUACAGAAAAAUUCUCCACCUGUCAUUAAAAAUCUUCCAGCUGACGUCAUUUUGGACGUCUCCACGAUACAUUCGGGUGACGUAGUGUUUACUGUCGUCACUCAUGACGAGGAAAACGACACGUUAACAUUUACUUUGAGUCCUAGCAACGCUCCCUUCCAAAUAUUGAACUAUGGCGAUAUACAGGUGACUAGGGAUUUGGCAGAAGUAUUCCAGGCGGGGUAUGAUCUGUCUAUAACUGUGGCUGACCCUCGUACAACGAUACCAGCUCGGGUUCUGGCUGUCCACUUACAAAACGUCAAUGACGUUCCUCUCUUCGGCAAUUUGCCCAUCAGCGGAACUUGGAAUGUGCCGGAAAAUUCGCCACUAGGAAUUACUCUGUACAAAGUGGCCGUUAACGACCUAGAUCUAGGGAGUACAUUGCAAUAUGAUGUGGGAUUUAAUCCAACAACUGGAUCAUCUUAUUUUACAAUAAACGAGACAAAUGGGGAGGUGAUGACAAGUUCUACAAUACUUGAUUAUGAAACGGUUCCUUCUAAACAAUAUAAGCUGAUUAUCACAGCAACAGAUGGUAAAGAUACCUCUACGGCCACCAUGACUGUCUCUAUUGCCGACGAAAAUGAACAGUGCUCGUUCCAUCAGAAUCAGUACUCGGUUACUGCUGAUGAAGGAUCGGCAGGUGGUCUAUUUUCGGACGCAGGGUUUGUGAUACUUGACGAAGAUGCCGGUUCCUCUCAUACCUACAAACUGAGCUGUGGAGUAGAGUCGUGGAGAUUCUCCAUCAAUACUAAUUCAGGAAGGGUGUCCUAUUUUUAUUCGUAUGACCUUGACACAGAAAAGACUUCUAGCUACAACUGUAAAGUGACAGCCACCGACUCCGGCUCGUUAUCCUGUACCACCUCUCUAGUGAUCAAUAUUUUAGACAUUAACGAUAAUACUCCUACGUUUGAUUUGUCAGAAGUGCCUGUUUACAUCACUCCAUACGAAACAACGGGAACAGUUCUGGUAAAUGUCACAGCUACAGAUGCAGAUAUAUCUAGCUAUGGUGAUGUCACGUAUAGACUCGAUAUGUCGUCAUAUAACUUUGAAUAUUUUGAUGUGACAUCUGAUGGAGCCCUGUUUGUCAAUAAGGAAUUGACGGAUUUCGUUAUAGGAGACACGCUUGACCUCAAUUUGUCUGCAGUGGAUAUUGGAGGAAAGCAGGGAACGGUUAAAAUUCGUAUCGUGUUUUAUGAGCUAAAUACGACAACCACAUCGACUACAGAAAAGCCUGUUGAAUUCAUCGCUUCGUCGUGGAACACACUGUGGUUGACAUGCAUGAGUGUUUUACUGGGAAUUAUGGGAGUUCUUUCUAUUUAUUUUUUCUUCACGUAUACACCAGAGUCCAUGAAAGGAUUGCUUACCACCACAGUUAGAAAGAAAAGACUACAAACACUGCAAAAGAAAAAGAUAAAGGGAACAAAAGAAACAUCAAACACAGAUAUUACAGAAGUCAGCCAGAACAAUGCCAUUGAGGAAGUAAUUCACAAUUCAAAACACUGUCUACAAUCCACGAGAGACAAGGAGCCAAACCCAGCAUCUACACACCCAUUUCCUAAAAACUACGAAGAGGAUUUACCCAAAUCAGUGGAAGUUGAUGUGUGGAAAUGAAACAUAUUAAGAGUGUGUGUUAAAUAUAGACGUCUGGUACUCUUGCAGGACUGUCAAUUUCAUGUUUUUGCUAUUAUUUUCCAUUAUAAAUCGGAUGUUUGUUUUUCUUUUAACACCUGUUGCACAUUAUAUAUUGAGAAUUGU